UUCCAGAAAUAUUUUGUUGGGGAUAAAUCCCACUCAACCCGAUCCAAAGAGAAGAUUCAAAAGUCAAAUAGGUCCAAACAGAUAAGAAUAAUGAUAAGAUAAGAAUAAUGAUCACAUCAGAGGUCUAAGAAGAUAUCAGAUCAGAAGUCUAAGAAGAUGUCAGAUCAGAAGUCUAAGAAGAUAUCAGAUUGGAAGUCUAAGAAGAUAUCCAAUUAGAAGUCUAGUAAAUGAUUGAAGUCCAAUUAGAACUCGGACAGCAGUUCUAGAUCAAUAAGGAGCAGGAGUCCUAAUCCAGGUUUGACUCCACCUCUAUGCCUAUAAAUAGGCCCAUACCCCAGGUAUAAACGAAAGUCUCAAUUUUAUGCAUAGAGCAUUAUUUCUCUCACAGAAGCUAACUUAGGCAUCGGAGCGGGACCCCCGGAAGGGUCCCUAGUUUUUGUUGUUUUGCAGAAUCAUUGAGAAGCGUGGGGAACAUCAAAGGAACGUGCAGAUUCACACCAUACCGGAAACUGUACCAACAGUUUGGCGCCGUCUGUGGGAAACGAUUAUUCGUUCCUCAUAAAAGAAAAAGAAGAUCCAGCAUGGUGAUGAACACACGUUCCGGAAGCCAGACCAAUCGACAGCCCGUGGCCCCACAGGAACCGGCUAUUCAGAAUAAUUUGCAGCCUCCACCGAACCCUCCCCCGGGGGGUGGAGAUCAAGAUCGCAUAGCAGCGUUGGAAGCCCAGAUUGAAGACUUAAAUGCAGAAUUGUUACGCAUGAGGACGAGACAGCCCAAUCCCGAGAUGAACAGGGAUGAGCGUGAGGAAGAAGAUCACAAUAGCAACAUUAAUCCUCGGAGGGAGGAUGACCGCCAAGGAGAUCUGAGCAGAAUUAUUGCCGAGCUGGAGAGAAGGUGCACGUACAUGGAGAUGGAAAGAAAGGACAAAGGCAGAUCCGUAAUGGUGGACAAGCUCCUAAUGGGUACAGACUCACCCUUCACCAGACGGGUGGCAGACUAUCAGCUUCCCGAUAAGUUUAAGGUACCCCAAAUUCUAAGUUAUGCAGGAGACAGAGAUCCCUUGGAUCACCUAGAGAAUUUCAAAGCUCAUCUAGACCUUCACGGGACACCCGAUGAAGUAGCAUGUCGGGCCUUCCCUCUUACUCUUUCGGGGAAUGCCCGAGACUGGUUCAGGAAGCUGCCCCCGAAUUCCGUUGAUCAGUUCAAGGAAUUGUCCAAGAUAUUCCUAACGGAGUUCUUGGCUUUCCGGACAAGGAAGAAGCCUUCGGGAUAUUUGCUAUCAUUGCACCAGCAAGGCAAUGAGAGUCUUAAGGAGUUUAUGGCUCGGUUCAACCGAGAGAAGGCUACGGUCGAAGAUCCGACCGAGGAUAUGAUUUUUGCUGCCAUUUAUCAGGGAAUUUCACCCGAGGAGCCUUUGAUGAAGAAGUUGAUCCGGAAGCAACCGAGUACCUUGCAGGGCCUCAUGGAUAAGGUAGAAGAAUUCAUCAAUCAGGAAGAGACGCUGAAGUCUAUGGCCAGUUCUAGACUACCUCGAGAGACAGCCCCAGAAAAGAAAAGGAAAGAACUCAAGAAAGCUGAUUGGGAAGAGCAGAGACAGGUAAAGAAGUUCAAAGAUUACAACUUUACACCUCUCAAUGCCGAGAUAUCAGAAGUCCUCAUGGAGAUCAAGAGAGAUCCGGCGUUUCGGGAACCGCAAAAGAUACCAGGACUAUCAGCCCCGAGAUCAACAGCCACGGGAUUACUAUCCCCGAGACCGUCCUCAGCUAGACGAAAGGCAUCAAGAGAAUGCUCCCCGAGAUGACAUAGAAAGAAGAGAGGACCGAAGAAGCAGAAGCCCACAGCAUAGAGAGCCGAGGCAACAGCAGUAUCUGCCCGUGAUCCCAUAAAAAGGACUCUCGGGAAU